GUGUGAGUCAGGCAGGGCUGCGAUACACUCCUAUUUUCAUACGCCUAUUUCUCGUAUUUCCCAGCAAGCCAUGGUCCCGCCGCCCGACUGACCCAUUACUGAACCUCCUCUCACACACACACACACACACACACACACACACACACACACACACACACACACACACACACACACACACACACACACACACAGGUGGUGACGGACAGACAGACAGACACACAUCACUUCAAUGGCUCAGAAUAUGUGGAAGGAAUUAAAGGCCGCAGCGAUGAGUGGGCGUGACAGCAGCCCCAAGAUCUCCCUGGCGCUGUUGAAGGGUCGAGCGUCCAACCAGAGUGUGCCCACCAUUAGCUUCAGGUUCGACCCUUCCGCUGAGAACAUCACACAGAUUUCAGACCAGGAGGAGGAGGAAGAGGACAGCUUCGCAGACACCUCCUGCAGCCUGGACGCCAAUGCAGCCUCCACAGGAAGCAUGGGAAGGGCUGAAUCGCUAAGAGAAGCCUCCCCUGUGAAGGAAGCUAUUUCUCGGACACUUGGAAAACGGUCAUCAUCUUUGGACAGUUCUAGUGGCGGAGGAGGGACUGGGGGGGCUAGUGGAGGUGUGGAAAGCCCCCCCCAACCCCAGACCUCUCGUGUGGGUGAAGGUGCUGCCCCCACAGGGUCUGGGUCUAGUUCUGGGGGGCUGUUUUCACGUAUAACCAAAACAUUUGAGGAUAAGAUUAAUGAGAUACGUAAGGACAAGGAAGGGAAGGAUAGAGAACGUCUGUGUGCAAGUGAAGGGUCUACGGAGAGUGAUGGAGGGGGGUCUAGUGGAGGGCUGGACCGCUCCCCGACCUGCCCAGCCCCUCCGAAAAGCGACGACCCGGCCCCUGGUUCGCUAUCUGGGUCACCUCCAAAGACCAAAACAAGCUUGGUUCAGGAUAUCUCAGAGCACACUAGUAAGAUCAAGUCGGAAUUGGGAAGCUUUCGUCCUAAGCUGUCCGAACUGAGGCAGAGGAGAGGGAAGGACUCCGGGAAGGGGAAAGAAUUGAAGGGGAAAGAUGGGAAGGGCAAGCAGUCAGUCUUUACGUCCCUUCUUGGCCGCGACGAAGGAAUGAACGAAGAAAUGCUACUGGAAAUUGACGAAGGGGAAGUUGAUAGAGCAGAGGAAGCUACUGAGACCACAAUACCCAUUACUCAAGACCCCACAGCCCCUACCAGCCCCUCCACACCAGUCACGGACACCCCCACACCUCACACACACACCAGCGCACACCCUAACACACACACAAGCCUCAGAACACAGGUAACUGAGAUCGCAAACCAGAUUCCAUUCACCCUCUCGUUCUUCUACAAAUUCCUCACCGUUCUAUUCAUCGUGACCUUUGUCCUCCCCCUCCCGGCGUUCCUGGGGGGCCUCCUGGUGGGGGUCAUGGUGUCCGGGAUGGUGAUGCACUGUCUCCUCCACCUCAUCCUGCCUGGUGGUGAGGAUGGUGAAGCUGUGGUGGAUGACGGCCCAGUGGUGCUCAAACUGCCAACGUAUGAAGAUAAGCAGUUGUAUAAGGGGUGGAUGAACAAGCUGGAGAGUGAAUACAGCCCAGACACUUACCACGUCUCCAGCACUCACUCCGUUCUGGUCAGACUGCAGGGGUCUAGGCUCAAACUGGACUUCCCUAGAGGCAAGGUCCCCAAGCAUGCCCGGCAGAAGGAGGAGAUUCGGAACCUGACCUUCACACAUCACUUGGAGUAUGACCUGGCUGGGGGUCAGGUCAUUCUGCUGCCCAAGAACCUCCCCAGGCGAUGGCUAUGGAGUCGGAAGUACCCAAUCUGCAUCCAGCUGGCAGAGAACUCCAAGGACAGCUCCCCUUCCCCCGUGUCCAUUGCCUCCACCCCUGCCACCCCUGCCGGAUCAGCCCAGGGGAGCCCAAUGCACUUUGCCAGCCCUGGCCCUCCACGAACGCCGCCCUUUGACCUAGGAAGACAGGGGAGUUCGGAGAGUGGCGAGGGCAACUGGAGUCUGGAGAACAACCGGUCAUCAGGGGAGGACGAGGCUAUGUCCUGUUCACUCGACAUGGCUUCAUUUGAGGAGGUCACCCGGGACAUGUGUCAGGAGAAGACUGUGGUGCUGUUUGCCCGCUGCGACAGGGAGAAGGAUGACUGGUUCCGUCGACUGGUGGCUGCGUCGGAGCUGCCCCCGAGUCGCCCCCCGCCCCGGUCCUCCCCUACCCACAAGCCCCUACAGGACCUUGGGGACACAAUUCUGUUGGAGGGACUGUCCGAGGCACCCCUAAAGGAAACACAGCAACAUCCCCCAGAGUUGUCAUUUGAGAGGUACAUGGCUCGCCUCCUCUACCAGCCCCCCCAGACAGCACCAGCCCCCGCACCAGCCCCUCCAUCUGUCAUCCCCGGCCCCACCCCAGCCCCAGCCCAGGACCCGGCCAGCGUGGCGUGGAUCAAUGCACUCGCUGGAAGGAUAUUCUAUGAUUUUCUGAGGAACCCCUUCUGGGCCAAUAAGGUACAAGAGCGAGUGCAGCGGAAACUCAGCAAGCUACACGUCCCUUACUUCGUGGGUGACCUGGUGGUGUGUGGGGUCAGCAUGGGGUCAGCCACACCACACCUCCUGGCAGCGGGGGCCCCACACCUCGACUCCCGGGGGUUAUGGGUGGACCUUAGCGUGGAGUACACCGGAAAUUUUACCCUGAGCCUGGAAACCAAACUGGAUCUUAUGAAAUUGAAGAGAUCUGGGGAGCUGGACCAUGGGCAUGCGAACCCACACACACACACACAGCCUGCCCCGGUCCAGUCCCUUCCCCCAAGCCCUGGAGAGCCUGCCCACCCCCGCCUGUACACCCGCUGCCCCUCCUCUGAUAGACUCCUACGCAACUUGCAUUUUGACACAGACACAGAUGAUAGUGUAGAGUCGUCAAGUGAGGAGGAGGAGGAGGAGGAGGCAAUAGCGGAGGCUGGUCUGCCCUCUGGUGGCGGCCCUACAUCACGGCGGCUGCUGCGUUUAGUGGACACGGUGGCAGCUUCACGUUACUUCCAGCACGCGGCGGAGUGGCGGCUCCUACAACGCGCUCUGCAGGGGGUCAGCAACACAAGGAUAGAGCUGAGCGUUGAGGUCCGACGUCUGGCUGGGACUUUAGCCCUCAAUGUCCCACCACCGCCAACCGACCGCUUGUGGUAUGGCUUCAGGGGGGCGCCGGAGCUUGCCAUGGUUGCCCGGCCUCGUCUUGGUGACCGGGCCCUCAGUCUCCCCAUCUUGGUGGAGUUUAUUCAGCGUCAACUCAAGGUGGUGUUUGAAAAAGUGUUCGUUCUACCAAACAUGGAUGAUCUCGUUAUCCCUAUCAUGUCCCCACUUCUCCCCGGCCAGCACAUCCCUCCCCGGCCCCCUUGGGAGACACAGCCACACCCCACACACCCGCACCACCCCUCCAACACCAGUGACGCACCCUUUGCACCCCCACAGUCACCGCCACGCCCCACGCCACAUCAUAUCAAUCCUGUGGUCAAAUUUACACCAUCUUCACACUAAACACACCACCACUACCACCACCACCACUACCUUGUGUAUGUAUGUGUGUGUGUGUGUGUGUGUGUGUGUGUGUGUGUUUGUUUUUUUCAGGUUUUUUCAAUUGUGUGUUUAU